AUGUCUUUAUCGUUUAUUUUAUUCACGACCGUGUGUGGCCUACUGGCCUAUCUCGUCCAUGUUUUAAAAAAGAAGCAAAACUAUUGGCAGUCUUUGGGUAUACCCUGUGAAGAGCCUCACUUCCCGUUUGGCAGUUUAUGGGGUGUGCAGAAAACCCGAGGCUUUUGGCAAAUCUGGGAGGAAUAUUAUAAUCGCUUUAAGGGUUCCGGACCGUUUGCCGGAUUCUAUUGGUUCUUCCGACCUGCUGUCUUUGUGCUGGAUCCCGAGUUAAUCAAAAAUGUUUUGAUUAAAGAUUUUAGUAAAUUUACCGAUCGUGGGUUUUAUCACAACGAAAAGGAUGAUCCCUUGUCGGGUCAGUUAUUCCUUUUGGAUGGGGCCAAAUGGAAAAAUAUGCGUAACAAAUUAUCGCCCACCUUCACAUCGGGUAAAAUGAAAUUUAUGUAUCCCACAGUGACCAAAGUGGGUGAGGAAUUCAUUGAAGUUUUGGGCAAAAUGGUAGAGCAGAAUGGCAGUGUGGUAGAGGUGAAGGAUCUGCUGGCCAGAUUUACAACCGAUGUCAUUGGAACUUGUGCCUUUGGCAUUGAAUGCAGUAGCCUAAAAGAUCCAAAUGCCGAAUUCCGGGUGAUGGGUAAAAAAUCGUUGGUCGAACAGAGGCACAAUCGUUUGAUAAUUGCCUUCAUGGCCAGUUUUGUGGAUUUGGCCAGGAAAUUGGGUUUCAAACAGACCCCCGAUGACAUCGAGGCAUUCUUUAUGCGCAUUGUCCGCGAGACGGUAGAAUAUCGUGAGAAGAAUAAUAUUCGUCGCAACGAUUUUAUGGAUAUGUUGAUUGAUUUGAAAAAUAAGAAGCUCAUGAAAUCCGAUCAUGGUGAUGAGUUGACAAAUUUGUCGUUGGAGGAAAUUGCCGCACAGGCUUUUGUAUUUUUCAAUGCGGGUUUUGAGACCUCGUCGACCACAUUGGGUUUUACGUUGUAUGAAUUGGCCCAGAAUCAAGAGGUACAGGAUAAGGCGAGACGAGAGGUCAUGGAAAAAUUGGACAAAUAUCAAGGAGAGCUGAGCUAUGAGUGUCUGAAGGAGAUGCAAUAUUUGGAGCAGAUAUUGUCGGAAACCCUCCGCCUCUACACAGUCCUGCCCAUACUCAACCGCAUGGCCUUGGAAGAUUAUGUCGUGCCUGGCAAUCCCAAAUAUGUCAUCAAAAAGGAUAUGCAAAUACUAAUCCCAGCCGGAGCCAUACAUCGUGAUGAGAAAUAUUAUCCCCAACCGAAUACCUUUAAUCCCGACAACUUCUCUCCGGAUAAGGUAGCGGAACGUGAUUCAGUAUUAUUUUUACCAUUUGGUGAGGGUCCACGCAAUUGUAUCGGAAUGCGUUUUGGUAAAAUGCAAGCCCUAGUUGGAUUGGCAUUGCUAAUGAAAAAUUUCCGAUUCUCUGUGUGUAAGGAGACACAAAUUCCCCUGACUUAUAGUAAGGAGGCAUUUUUAAUAAGUACCGAUAAGGGUAUUUAUCUGAAGGUGGAAAAAAUCUAAAACGUAAUUUUUUUUGUA